CAGCGGUGGGCCGCGAGCGAAGCGCGUUCGAUUUUGUUUUGAAUUUUUUUUUAUUUCAUGUAUUUUUUGAGCAAAUGUUGCGCGAAAUUUUGAGCUAGUGAUUUGACUUUUGUUUUUUUUUUUAGUUACGUCCUUGCGGCAGAUAUUCGUACAUUUAAACUAACUACAGACUUUAAAAUUGCUAGUAAUUUAACAGACGUGUAUUUUAGAAGUUAUGUGUCAUUAAAAAGGUUUUUUGCGAUUCGUUUAAGGACACAUCUUUGGACAUUUUGAUUGGAGUUUAAGUGGAAAAUUACAUUUCACAUGUCAAUUAGAUAUGCCAAUAAAUACGUGGUCGAAGGCUUCAAAAAGAACGUGACGUCAUGUUACGGUGAGGACGAGGAAUGGGGAAACGAGAGCGAGGCGAUGCCGGGAGAACCUCGCACGCCGAGCUCAGGGGGCGAGCGCGCGGCUUCCAGCGGGGGCGCCUCGCCGGCGUCCGCGGGCUCGCCCGGGGCCUCCCCGCCGCGCCUGCGCCUCAACACCAGCCUGGCCACCGACCCCGCGCUGGCCCCGCAGGCCGCGGCCCUCAAGCAUGAGCCGCCCUCGCCUUCGCCCCCGCCACCUCCUGUGCCGCAACAAACGAGAGACUUCCUGGCUCUAUCUGCAACCUUCCCCGCCCUGUUCCCGGCGGCACCGGCGCCCGGGUACAUGUGCAAGCCGUGCGGAAUCAGAUACUCAUCCCUGAGUACCCUUCAAGCGCACCAAGAACAUUAUUGCUCAAACAGGAGACCCAAGCCGACUGAGGGCACUGACGCGCCAGCUGACCCAGCUGCGGAUGAAUCCAGCAGCGACGCGAAAACUCCGCGGCCGGCCACUGCGAGGCAGUACACUUGCAACCUCUGCUCGUACAGCGCCGACAAGAAAGUCAGUUUAAACCGGCACAUGCGAAUGCACGCGCCGUCGCCGGCCAGCAGCGGGACUCCGGCGCCGACGCCCACGUCCAACGGCGAGGCCCCUGCCGACGGCCCGCUCGUGCAAGACCGCUACUGCGCCGACUGCGAUAUACGAUUCAGUUCAAUCAAAACGUAUAGAGCGCAUAAAGCGCACUACUGCAGCACUCGACAGGUCGUCAAGCAGGCGGUGGCGGCGGCGAGAGCCAGCUCGGCGACGUCAGGGUCCGCGCCUCCCUCGCCCGGAGCGACACCCCCAGCGCAGGCGCAAUAUGCACUCGCUCUACCUACCAAUCCGAUUCUCAUCGUACCUUACUCAUUAUUACGGAGCGCCAGCACGCUCCCAGGUACAACUCUACCGGACCCGGACACUCCAUGCUUUCUGUUACCAAAUGGGACAUUCCAGCCUCUCAGCCGCGCGUUACCAAAUAUGACGACAGAAGGGAAAGAACCUGAAGUCUUGAAAUCGGCUAACAGGCCCCGGGAGCCCUCGAGAGACGGUGCUACGCCGCUAGAUCUAAGCGUGCGACGGUCGCCUGAAUCUGUAACGACUGAUGAACACGAGAAGGAGAACAGGAUACGUUCCACGACGCCGGAGCAGAUCGUCUGUGCUCCUUCGCUGCCGGGAUCGCCGGGGACGCCGUCUCCAUCCAGGCGGUCGUCUUCUCCUUGCGGCGAGCCCCAGCCGACUAAAAGAAGGCGACUGAGUUCUCGAGGCCCGACUCCAAAGCCACCAAGUGUGCCUUCGCCACCGGAAGAAAAAUUUAGUCCCGUCGUUCCGCCUCCGAUAAUACCUCCUGCUCUGGCGUUGAGGCUGGCGAGUGAACUGCCAGUGACCGUGUCUGCGUCGCCCCAGGUGUUGGUCAAGCAGGGCGUGUCGAAAUGCAAGGAGUGCAACAUUGUUUUCUGCAAGUUGGAGAACUACCGCAUCCACAAGCGGCACUACUGUCCGUCUGGGGGUGGGGAGGAUAGGGCGAGUCCGGCUCCAGCAGAGCCCGGGCCGCCUCCGCAGUAUCGUCAGUUGAUAUGCUUGGCUUGCGGGAUCCACUUCAGUUCGUUGGACAAUUUGACGACGCAUCAGUCGUAUUACUGUACGAAGAGGGAGACGCGGUCGCCGCGGACGGCGCCUGAGCUGCCUAGGCCUGCGGCGGGGGCGGGGGCCGAGGGGGGGUGGAAGUGCCCGUGCUGCGAGGUGGUGUCGCCGACGGCGGCGGCAGCACAACGGCAUAUGGAAGCGCACGCGGGCGUCAAGGCCUUCCGCUGCACCAUCUGCCGGUACCGCGGCAACACGCUUCGCGGAAUGCGCACGCAUAUACGCAUGCACUUCAACAAUAAGAAGCCUGCUGAUUUGCAGGAAGAGAGCUACAUCGCGUGCGUGUUAGAAGAAGACAACCGCGAGGUUACCUCUCCCAGUCCCGCAGCAGGCGGCGAGCGAGUCCACCGCUGUGGCAGCUGCGCUUACACAUCCACCUACCGCGGCAACGUGGCUCGCCACGCGCGUCUUGUCCACGCCACGGAAGACCCUGAACCAGAAGAACCCACCCAGACCUCCCCAGUCCCCGUCGUCGACAUCAAAAAAGAACCAGAGGCAGAAGGAGAAGAAACGCCGAACUACUGCAAAUUCUGCGACAUCUCGUUCAAAUACGUCAACACGUUCAAGGCACAUAAGCAGUUCUACUGCACAGCGAAUAAUCAGGAGACGGCCGCGAAUAAUAACGUGCCUGCUCCCCCUCCGGUAAGGGUCACAGACACGCCUGUGCUAUGAGAUGAUUGAGUUUGCCCUGGGAGAUGUUAGAUUUUGACUUUAUUGCGUUCAUGAAACCAUGUCACAUAAAUGCUUAAACUGUGGUUGGUCUCCGCAUUUGCUAAGCCAACCUGUAACCGACAUUUUACAUAGGAUAGAGCGGGUACUCGUAGUGCUCUAAAAACAUGAAUUUAUUUUCUGAAUAUAGAGUCGAUGGUCGCGUGCAAUUUGAUUUGCCAAGAGACUUAUGCCCGUUUUCACCAUCGAUACCUAAUUUUUAAGUGACCCCUAUGAAAACAAAAUUUCUGACAAGUGUUACCAUAGGGGUCACUUAAAAAUUAGGGAUUGAUAGUAAAAACGGGCAUUAGUUCUUUUGAAGAUGUCCUUUGACUGCAAGCUGGUUCUAAGGUAUUCUUUAAUUUACUAAAUCAGCUCUCAGGCAAAAGAUACCUUUUAUAAACGCAAUAAAAGUGAAAAUUAAACUCUCCGGGCAUUGGCUACUGAAUCUGAAUAUUUGGAAUUACGCUGGCAAAUAACUUAUGCUUCCGUUUGCUUAACGUUUCUCCUAUGCUAGAAUAGUCAAAAGUGUAUCCACUACGGAUUUUUAAUCAAUUGUGUGCAAUAAUCGGAUAAUGUUUAAUUGGAUCCCGCAUAUCAAGCCAAAUUGACGUUACACUCGUGUGAGUGAGAGAGUGAAUGAGUGGUUGGUUGCUCUUCGCAAGGUACAGUCAUGAGCAAAAAACUUAUACACAAUGCAAUUUAUUUAUCCGUAAUAAAUAAAAGCUUCACUUCCAAUGAAAAAAAGUACAUUUUCUCGUGACUGUACAAGCGAGCCCUCAAGUGUAAACACGUUAUGUUACGGACCUUGUUAUUGUAAAUUUACUAAUAGUUAAAAGUUAACCUCUUCGUCUUUGUAUUAGUAUACGUUAAAAAUUACCAAAUUGUAAAUAUAUGUAAAGAUAUUAUUACAUUGUAACUAAAUUUUAUUACCAUUUGUUCUAAGUAAUUGUUCUUUCUUUGUUGUUAAUUUUGUUUAUUAUUAAUUAUUAAUCUUAGAUGAAUUAUUGUAUUCUAUAACUUGUAAAGCGAUCUAAUGCUCAUUCCAGAAUUAUUAUUUUACCUACCAGUGGUUUUCUCAUUAUUAUUCAUUAAUAGGCUAUGUAUGUGAUCUUAUUUCUUUGUUCUAGGCUGAAAGCUUAGUUUGCUAUUGAAAGAAAAGGUAUUUUGAAUUUGAAAGACAUUAUUUAAGUAAUUAUAUUUAUUAAUAUUCACGUAAACCAGAAAUAAAACCAUAGACACUUGCAAUAUGAACUCUUGCAAUGUGACACUAAUUGGAAUCAUUGUCUAUGUGAGAGGAAAGUAAAUUAAUAUUUUGCCAGGAUUGUCAAAAAAUACUUCUUAAAUUGUAGUAAAUUAUCCAUUUAUUCCUUCACUUUUUGACUUCUGAUUGAAUUGACUUGUAGUUAUUUAUUUUGAAUGAACUAUUUUUUAACAAUUCCAUUUUUCUCUUCUAUGUUCAGUAGUUGAAGUUAUUAAAACGAAACACUUAUUUAACAACGUUUAAAUAAAACAAUAAGCAAAAUACCAUGUUUUGUCUAUGCCAAAGCAUUGCUAGAGUAAUCGUAAUUUGCAUUUAUAGGUAUCUCACUAAUUAUAGUAUAGGUGUAAGUGAAUACAAGACUUAUUUCGUGGAUUACCUACGUAUAAUAACUUUUGUGUUUGUCUAUGUAGAAUUGGAAUGAGUCUCGAAUCUGUUGGGAUACCAAUAGUGGUGGUACAGUGACCAAUACAUUGAUCUUCCAUCUGCUGUGACGUAUCUUCAUGUUUAUUAAGUGUGCAGUUUUUGAAAGUUUCAAAAAAUCGUUAACAUUUUCGUCGACGACUGUACACGGAUAGACGUAAUUUAUCAUGACAUUUAUGUAAAAAAAUAUGUAACCAAACAAAAAAUAUUGCAUUAUUUCAAAUACAUUGACGGGUGCGACCGUUAGUAGAGAAAUGGUGCGUCAAUAUCGGUCGAUGUAAGCAAACUUAUGCAAUUUGUUGUGAGUACAUAUCAAUACGCAGCAUCUGAUGCAACGUGCCAUAAUCUGUAAACUUUAAACGUUUCAAUAAGACCGCAUCUCGAAUAACGCCGUAAAAAAUUUCUGCCAUUUAGACGCAUAUUGCUUGAACCAACUAUAAUAAACUAUGGCUCCAUUUUCCUGUAAUCCUGUUGCAUUUUUUUCUUUUUCUUUCAAGCAAUGCAAUACAAUGCAAUAGAAAACUCCUUGGACGUUUUUGAUAAUAACAACUUAUUUAAAAAUAUUUACUUACUCUUAUCACUGGUUAAAAUCCGCUGCUUCGAAAAAUUUUAACGUAUCUCCAUAAAAAUGCGUAACCUAUAGUUUCAAUUUAAGAAUUUUUCUCUCGACUGUACUUCAAAAGCGUUCAAGGCUACAUUUGGCUAUAAAAUGUGUACGAAAUUUCAAAAACUAAAUGUAAUCAUAGAGUGUUAAUAAAGUGAUAAUACGUGUAAAAGUUAUAUCAAUAACUGAGGUAGACAUACGAUGAUAUUGUAAAAAAUAUGCCAGACAAUAAAUUAUUUAUCACAUAUUAAA